ACUGGAGACGGAGAGAUGAGGACGACUUUGGUGAUCACGCUAGUUGGGCUCCUGCUCCUGUACCUUGCCCCUGGGGGGCUGUGCCAAGGCUGUGCCGUGAACGAGGCUGAGCGCCCCCUAGUGAGGGAUGUGCAGAAGAAGAUGAUCUAUUCGGUGAAUGCUAGUGCUCCCCCGAACCCCAGCAUCCUGCUCGCCCUGAGGCUGGCCCAGGAGCACAACAAGCGCAUUGAGCAGGACAUGCUGAACAAACUGAGUCAGGACACAGUGGAGCGAGCUGUUGCGUCCUUCUCCUCGGGCCAGGUGGCCCUCAAUAUCCUGGCUCAACAGGCCUCCUGCUCUGACCCCCGGCGGGUCUCUGCAAACAACUCCACCAUCAAUCUGGUGCGUCUCCUGGAGCAGAAGUUCAAGGCAGAGCUGCACAACAUAGCGAUCCAUGGCAACCCCUUGACCAACUUCUACCAGCUCAGCUUGGACGUGCUGGCCCUGUGCCAGCUGAACAGCCACCUCUCACCAGCCAAUGCCAGCGCCCUCCUCAGCCCGGACCACAAGAAGUAUUACCUCGGCGGCCAGUUCUCUGUGGACACCGCAGCGGUGGCAGUCCUGGCUCAGAUAUGCCUGCAGACCAGGAGGCAGCAUCUUCCCCUGAAGGUGUAUAAGAAGAUCAGACAGAAUGUGCAGUGGCUAGUGGACAAAAUCCUGGCUGAGAAGAGAAGAGAUGGAGUGAUCGGGAACAUCUACAGCACUGGGUUGGCUAUGCAGGCCUUAUCUGUCUCAUCCAGCUAUCAGAAACCCGGGGCCUGGAACUGCCUCCAGACUCUGCACAGGGUCCUGGACGAGAUUCCCCAGGGCACAUUCAAAAACCCCAUGGCUGCUUCUCAGGUCCUCCCUUCCCUGGAGAACAGGACCUACCUGGAUGUGAGUAGGCUCAACUGCUCCAUGGACCCAGAUAACCUCCCUCUGUCCACUGCCAGGCCCACCUCACCCACUAGGCGCCCACCUAGCAUCAGAGUCACCUACACUGUUGCCGAUGGUGUAAACAAGACAUUCAAUGACUCUAUCAGUGUCACCGUGCCCCAGGGUUCCGUCUUCUUCAAGGUGAUGGAGGUCGCCCAGGAUAAAGACCCCAGCAAAUUCAGCUUCACGUACACGCAGAGCUCCUGGGGCCCGUACAUCACCUCCGUGCAGGGGCUGCAGGCCGAUAACAACCACCGCACCUACUGGCAGCUCCUGAGCAAUGGCAGCCCGCUGAGCCAAGGUGCUGGGGACUACGUCGUCUCCAACGGCGAGAAGCUGGAGGUCAAAUUCUCCGUGUACUGAGCUCCAGGGCACUGGCCAGCCUGGGGACAAGGGGUGCUCCAGAAGGUGCAACUUGUCCUGGCCUUUCCACUGUCCAGAGAUUUCAAGGUUCAGCAGCCCCCACCCCUUCCCCCCAGAGAGGGGGUAGGACGGGCCCCUGGAGACAACUGUGUCUUGUAGUCAUGUCUGUGUGACUGUUUCCCAAGCUCUGCCUGUGUCUGGCCCUCACUCCUGAAAUAAACUCUCUGCAAGAGCUGGCCGCACCGCAAGGAUGAUUCCAGGCAAGGAGAGGGGCUGAGAAACUGCGAAUGCGGGUAAUGGUGCCUCUGAUGGGCACUCUCCAUCUGGAAACACAGCAUGGCAGCAGGGCUGCAUCACAUGGCAGCCACUUCCCCCACCAUAGAUAAGGGCUCACUCGGGAGAAACCAUCCCAUCCAUGGCACUGGCCAAUGAGGUGCCGGACUCACCCUAAAGACUCUGUCUCCUACAUGAUACUGGCUAAUGGGGUGCUGGGCUCACCAUGGAGUCACCAUCCCCUCUGGGGCCCUGGCCAAUGGACCACUGGGUCUGGGUAGUUGGUCCCCAGGCCUGGAAUCUCCAUUGCUGUGGCACUAGCUGUAGGAUCGUUAGUGGGAGGUCGUUGGGGCCCUUGGUGUAGCAGGGCAGGCUGGAGGGCACUGCUGGUGGAGAAUAGGAGGCUAAUGGUGUUAACAGCCCAGCUAACCCCUUCUUCUGCCUGGGUCCCCAGCAGCAGCGCUGCCUGGGCUCCUUGCCUCACCCAUUCUGGGUCCGAGCCCCCCAGCAGUGGCUGAUCCACAUGGGAGGGUGAUGAUUCUCCUAAAGCUGCCAGCUGGGGGACGUAGCCCUUUAGCCCUAGCAGUGGUGGCCUCAGCCACCUCACCUGGCCCUUGGAAACUGGGCCUGAAGGGAAAGGGGCUGGAGCUGUGGACUCACCCUACAGGGGGCAGGAGCAGUAAACCCCAGACUGUGAUAUCCACUGAGCCUCCACAGCAGAACCCAGAGGUGUCAGAGGCCUGGAUCAUGGACCAUGGUUAGAGGAGGCUCCGCUCUGUGGCCGUGUCUUUGGAGAUGGCUCUUCCCAUAGGCACGUGCCUCCCCAGCACCCCACUUCUGCCAUCACAACCCACUCGGAGAUUACUGCCUAGGGAGUUAGAAAAAGAAAAAAAACAGGGAGAGGGCUAGGGAGAGUGAUGGGAGUCAGAGCCAGUGGAAACUUUCUAGUGGAAAAGUGUUUUUCAAUGAAAAAUGGCUUUUCAUUCCCAACAAAAAUGUUUGUGUGGAUCAAAAAAAUCCAUUUUUAAUAUCAUUUUGUAAGGAAAAUAAACCCUUCUUUCCUUCCCUUUUUUAGUUCCACCCUCCCCCAGCCUUACAAAACAAAAUUGUUUUGAAA